AGUUUUUCAGCCUCAUAUCCGAGAACUGACUCAAGUACACAACUGCACCAGCAACGUAACUGGCUGGAAUUAUCGCCCAUCCCAGAAGCAUAAUUUACUCGGGCAAAAUAUUUAUACAGAGGCGGACCGAGAUCACUUAUAGCAAGUCCAUUCACGAAACCCAGUGGAAGCAACCCACAUUAAAGACUCUGUAGAGUUCUUAUCGUUCUCAGUACUUUUAAGGAACACCGCUGGUUCAGACAUCUCAAGUAUUCAGCAGCAUCAUGAACUUUUUGACUGUAUUACAUUGUGUGAUACUUAUUUCAGUUUGUGAAAUACUUCAUCGAACGAACGCUGGCAUGUGCUGGCUGCAGCAGGGUCCGGAGCACCGCUGUGACAUGGUGCUCAUGAGGGGCGUGAGCAGGGAAGAGUGCUGUGCAGCCGGCCGUCUGGACACUGCCUGGUCCAACACCAGUCUGCCGAUCAAUGAAGUCAGUCUGCUGGGAUUCCUGGGAAUAGUUUCCUGUAAGGCGUGCAAAGAGAACUGUGAGGGAGUCAACUGCGGCCCUGGAAAGGCGUGCAGGAUGAAGUCUGGACGUCCCCAGUGCGUGUGCUCUCCAGACUGUUCCAACAUCUCCACUAAACACGCCGUGUGUGGGAGCGAUGGGAGCUCAUACAAAGACGAGUGCACUCUCCUGAUGGCUCGCUGCAGAGGUCACCCUGACCUGGAGAUUAUGUAUCAGGGGGAAUGUAAAAAGUCCUGCUCCAAUGUCGUAUGUCCUGGGACGCAUACCUGCGUGACGGACCAGACCAACAGCGCCCACUGUGUCAUGUGCCGCACUGCGCCCUGUCCGAUGCCUAUGGUCACUGAGCAAACCAUCUGUGGCAACGAUAACAUCACCUACCCCAGUACCUGCCACCUGCGUAGGGCUACCUGCUUUUUGGGUCGAUCCAUAGGGGUCCGCCAUAAUGGACACUGCAGAAGUAAUGAAGGAAGUGAAGAAAAUUCCCUCUUCUGAGAAUGUGAAGAGCAGAUCCGCUCCCUGUACAUAUUAUGAUGGCACAAAAGACGUGAGAGAACCUGUUUGAAACCACAUAGUCUCACAACAUGGUCCUCUGUACCAAAGAACAACUACUAGUAUUUUAUAUAGGGCUGGGUAUCGAGUUUGAUACUUUUUAGGAACCGACCAAAUUGCCUCGAUACCAUAGAGUAUCGAAAAAUGUCUUGUUGUUCGGCACCAAAUUUCGAUACAUAAGUGGUUCAUCUCAUCAAUGUCAGUUAGCCAAUAAGCAUG